AAGAGAGGAACCUGAGGCAAGGCUACCCCAUCUGACCCUGACCUUGCAGAGCUCCAGAUAGGUUUUCUCCUGCAGUCACUCUGGGGAGCGAGGUCAAGUGUUGUCUGCUCUGAGUGGAGGAUUUGGUAGCUUCCUCCCUCAAUUUACUUCCUCCUCCAGGCUGUCAGCUCAAAGCAGAUGAACAAAGAGGCAGUAAAAUGAGCUGCCCUUUGAGGGUUCAGAACAGAAAUGUUGGUGGGUGAAAGAAUAGGAGCUGGACGCCCGGAGAGAUCUGGGCUCAGAGUCCGGUCCACUGCUUUCUUAUCAGGAGGUGUCAUCAGGAAGGUGACCUGCACACCCUGAAUCCCAGUUUCCUCUAUUGUAAUAAGGGUGGGACUGACCUGGCUGUUCCGUGAAACACAGGAGGCAAAGGCCUUAGUGCAACGGCACUCAGUGCAUUUUUGUUUCCUUGUCUGGGCUCCCCUCAGGCCAGAUGGAACCCAGAAUAAACAGAACUUGGAAGUUACGGGGACCUGACAGUGCAGAAAAGGUGCAGGAGAUAAUAGGGCCCCUCAAGAAAGUGCCAAAGGACAGGUUCUUCAAAGAAAAUCCAGGAAACAGUCUGGGGAGGAUUCACAGAAGUGUGACACACGUCAAGGAACCCUUGUGGGCAAUUGCUAAUAGUAGGUAAAGUAAAUACUGGUACAGUUGUUUAACCAAUAUAGGUUAAACUGUGGUUCCCAACAAGCGAUGAUUUUGCCCCUGCCACCAGGGGGCAUUUGGCAAUGUCCGAAGACAUUUGGGGUUAUCGCAAUUUGUAUGGGGGGAGGGUGGAGAUUGCUCCUGGCAUCUAUUGGGCAGAGGCCAUGGACGCUGCUAAAUAUCUUACCAGGCACAGGACAGCUCCUCCCCCAAGCAAAGAAUUAUCCAGCCCAAAAUGUGAAUGGUGCCUCUCGCCUAAAGCAUACUGCUGCUUCUGCCAGUGCUCAGACUGUGCCCUGGGGGUGCUGCUUUGCAGGUCAAAAAGAGCAGGAACUGGAUAGACAUCUACAAAGCCUCCAACACCAUGGCCCUUGGGGUGACCUCCUCUGUGCCCUGCCUGCCUCUUCCCAACAUCCUCUUCAUGGCCAACGUCAAAUGGCACCAUGGGCAGAGCCAGACAUGGAACCAACCAACUACAGCCCCCAAGAUCAUCCUGAAGAGUUGAGGACAGUCACGGAGAAGAUCUACUACCUAAGGCUCCACCCUGACCAUCCUCAGACUGUCUUCCACUUCUGGAUCCGACUGGUUCAAAUUCUGCAGAAGGGCCUGUCCAUCACCACCAAAGACCCUAGGAUUCUCGUCACUCACUGCCUGGUACCCAAGAACAGCUGCAGUCCCUCAGGAGACUCACAGUUAGUGCAGAAGAAACUCCAAGCCUCCCAGCCCAGCGAAAGCCUCACGCAGCUGAUGGCCAAGGGGGAGAGUGAGGCCUUCUCUCAGAUUUUUGCCGACUUGCACCAGCACAACCAGUUCAGGAGCAGCAGAAAGACAGAGAAAAAAAAGGACGACCUGGAAAAAAACCGUCCCAGCGAAGGCUCCAUCCCUUGCACCCGUGACCUCAGUUGGAGGGAGUCGUUCACGUAUGGAGAGUGGGAAAGAGAGAACCCCACUGGGCUGCAGCCCCCCUCACUCCUCAGCACUCUGGCAGCCUCCGCCGGCCCCAGCUGGUACCACUCAUAGGUACGGUGAUGGGAUUAAUCCAGCUGCCUUCCUGGGACAGGCCUGGAAUUCUACCUCAGGUCUGGGUUCAGGUCCUAGGGUCCUGGGGAUAAUUCCAGGAGGCUGUGGGGUGGGAGUGGGGGGCCUCUUUCUUUCUCUUUUUUUAAAUUAUUAUUUUAUUUUUUAAUAAAUAAAUUUAUUUAUUUAUAUUUGGCUGUGUUGGGUCUUUGUUGCUGCGCGCGGGCUUUCUCUAGUUGCGGUGAGCGGGAGCUACGCUUCGUGGUGGUGCGCGGGCUUCUCAUUGCGGUGGCUUCUCUCGUUGUGGACCACGGGCUCUAGGCGCUCAGGCUUCAGUAGUUGUGGCUCGCGGGCUCUAGAGCGUAGCCUCAGUAGUUGUGGCGCACGGGCUUAGUUGCUCCGCAGCAUGUGGGAUCUUCCCGGACCAGGGCUUGAACCCGUGUCCCCUGCAUUGGCAGGCGGAUUCUUAACCACUGCGCCACCAGGGAAG